UGGCUAGCCAAUAAACUCCGGGGGAAGCAACAUAUUGAUGUGGGUGUAAUGGGACAUGUAAUAUUGCUGGAUCAAGACUAUGCUUCUGUGGUCGACUCCCCACAUCUUGCGAAGAUCUUUGCAAGAAACCACAUUUAGAAACAUUGUAUGGACAUGGUUGAAUGACUCAAGUCUUGGUUAAUAAAUAACUUUCUUUUAAACUGGUUUAUUGCUGGUCUUACAGGCUUUCUAUUUGGUGCUCUUUCAUCUCUCUAAAUUUUCAAGGAAAAACUCUGAGUCUCAAAAUGCCUCUGAGCAAGAAUAGGCUGAUUUUACUACUUGGAAUGCUCUGUGUGGAACAAUGUAAAUCUGCAACUCUCUCUCUCCCCAAAGCUCCCACUUGUGGGCAGAGUUUGGUGAAGGCACAGCCUUGGAAUUACCUUAACAUUUUCAGUCGCAUUGUUGGGGGAAGCCAAGUGGAAAAGGGUUCCUACCCCUGGCAGGUGUCUCUGAAACGAAGGCAGAAGCACAUCUGUGGUGGAACCAUCAUCUCUGCACAGUGGGUGAUUACGGCUGCUCACUGCGUUGCAAACAGAAAUAUCGCAUCAACUUUGAAUGUUACUGCUGGAGAGUAUGACUUGAGUCAUAUAGAGCCAGGGGAGCAAACCCUCACCAUUGAAACCAUCAUCAUACACCCCUACUUCUCCAUCAAGAAGCCAAUGGACUAUGAUAUUGCUCUUUUGAAGAUGGAUGGCGCCUUCCAUUUUGGCCAGUUUGUGGGCCCAAUGUGUCUUCCAGAGCCAAAGGAAGAAUUUGAGGCUGGAUUUAUUUGUACAACUGCAGGCUGGGGCCGCUCAGCUGAAGAUGGCGUUGUCUCGCAGGUAUUGCAGGAUGUGAACCUGCCCAUUUUGACCCAGGAAGAGUGUGUGGCAGCUUUGUUAACCCUAAAGAAACCCAUCAGUGGGCAGACCUUUCUCUGCACAGGUUUCCCGGAUGGAGGGAGAGAUGCAUGUCAGGGAGAUUCAGGAGGUUCCCUCAUGUGCCGGAAUAAGAAGGGGGCUUGGACUCUGGCUGGUGUGACUUCUUGGGGUUUGGGCUGUGGCCGAGGCUGGAGAAACAACAUGCAGGAAGAUAACCAGGGAUCCCCUGGGAUCUUCACAGAUCUUAGAAAAGUGCUUCCCUGGAUCCACAAACACAUCCAAAUUGCCUCAUGCAGUGAGCGGGACCAUGUGCUCCGUGAGUCUCAGGGGGAGCUGCACUUCCCAGAAAGCCCCUACCUGUAUUAUGAGAGCAAGCAGCUGUGUGUAUGGAUCCUGCUGGCACCAGAGAAGAUGCAUGUGCUGCUCAAUGUUUCCCACUUGGAUGCAGAGUCUUGUCACCACACUUACCUCUUGAUAUAUUCCUUAGAAGACAGACUUCUUGGGAAGUUCUGUGGGGAAAGCCUCCCUUCAUCAGUUCUUAUUGGCUCCAACUCUGUACAGCUGAAUUUCGUCUCUGAUGCCACAGAUCAUGCAGCUGGGUUUAAUCUCACCUAUAAAGCUCUAAAACCAAACUACCUUCCUGAUUCAGGCUGCAGUUCCCUUACUGUCCUUUUUGAAGAAGGCCUCAUACAGAGUCUUCACUAUCCUGAAUACUAUAGCAACAUGGCCAACUGUGACUGGGUUUUUCAAGCCCCCAAACACUACCUAAUAAAGCUUUCCUUUCAGAGUCUGGAAAUAGAAGAGAAUGGAGAUUGUUCUUCUGACUAUGUGGCGGUGCACAGGGAUGUAGAAGGACAGGAGGAAAUAGCAAGGUUUUGUGGUUUCAUUGCUCUUGCCCCUGUGCUGAGCUCCUCUGGUGUAAUGCUCAUCAGCUUCCAGUCAGAUAAAAAUGUGACCUACAGAGGCUUUCAAGCUACAGUCUCUUUCAUCCCUGGAACAGGUAAGAAGACAGAGGCAUCAACAUCUUGGGUCCUGAUUCCCAUCCUCGUAAUGCAGUAAGAAUGGGAAGCCUUUACAGCCCAACAUGGAUGCAGUUGGUCCUCAGCAUUUGCAGCAUCUCUGUCCUAUAAAGUCACCCUGAACACCAAAUUAGUGAUUACUGAACCUCUGCUCCGAGGAGUUAGGUUCCUGGGAGCCUCUGGUUUUAUGGGUGUUUCUGUUUAAAGUCACCUUACAUAUUGUUGGUUCAUUAACACUGAGCUCACAGCCAGUGAGCCUGUGCCUGUGCCUAUAGCCUGUGCCUCAGCAAAGCUCAUCUAUCACAUAUAUUUUCUCCAUAAGGCACAUCACAGCCUCCUUGCCCUUACGAACACUAGAUGGCACUGCAGCACAAUGUCUAGGGCCAUUUCAAACAGCAAAAUCACCAACAAAAGGCACAAAAAUGCAAAAAACCCAUGGCAUUCAAGGGACCAUGGAAAGGUCCCUUGUUUAUAGUAUAAGAGCUAAAACAAGAAGGCAGAGUGCCGCCUCAUUAGACCUCAGCUAGGAAUACGUGCAUCAGGUGACUCAAAUUGGUCACUGUUCUGCCGGUGUCCUUGAAUGAUCAUGAAAGCACCAUUCGUUCUGAGUUACAAAUAAAUGUUAGGGUGUAGGUGACUUUGCAAAUGUGGAAUCCAUGAAGAAUGAGGAUCAACUCUAUGCCUGAAUCAUGGCCUGUCCUUACUAUAUGUGUGAUCUAAGAGUCAUCUAAGACUCAUUUACUUCAGCCUCACCAUGGAAGAAUAAUACAUGCCUAGUAAGAAAGUAGAAUUAAAUCAGAUCACCCUUGGCCAUGAGCAAGUGUGUAACACAUAACAGAGGCUCGGAAAUGUGAAAUGUCUUCACCAGCUCUUAGCCCCUAGAUACACGAGCAACACAACUCCCCUCCAAGUCCUCACACCCAUGAGCAUUCUGCCCAAAUCCUACAAAGCCAUCUGUUGGCUUCUCAAGUUGUUCAUUCUUGUUAGACAAGCAGUUCUUUAUGGCAAACCCAGGUUAUAGUUAAAAUACUCCACUUUUCAAUUAAAACACCCAUGGUCCAGCCGACUGAGAUGCUCCAGAAUUCUAACAGUAGUAAUUUUCUGGUAAGUUCCAAACACUGGCCCUGUGUGUGUGAUCUGAGAAGUUGUAUAUGCUUACACUCAGAUUUAAACAUCUCCAGAUCAGAGGACAAGUCAUUGUUUUUGGAGACAUGGAACGUGCUACCUGAAGAUCACAAUGCUUCUGGUAAGCUGUUCUGGGGAAUGUGACCAAGGGAUACCCACAGAGUGUAUCAGCCAGGGUUCAACCAGAGUAUCUCAAAAAGAUAUGUUGGAGUCCUAACCUCCAGAAUGUGACCUUACUUAGUGCUAAAGUCUUUACUGAGGUAAUCAUGUUAAAGUGAGGUCAUUAGUGUGGGCCUUAACCCAAUAUGACUGCUGUCCUUAUAAAAGGAGAAAUUUGGACGUGGAGAGAGACACCCGCACAGGGAGAACGUCACAUGGACAUGAAGGUGCAGACUGGGGUGAUGUACCAUCUACAAGCCAAGGAACACGGGUGAUCGCUAGCAAACCACCGCAGGCUGUGGGAGAGGCACCAUCACCACCCACAGAAGGAUCCAACCACACUAACACCUUGAUCUCAGGCUUGUAGCCUCCAGAACUAUGACACAAUAAAUUUCUGUUCU